CUGGGCCCAGAGGUCGAGCAGCUUUUGGAACAACAGCCAAUCGGCGGCGUACUUGUCGCUUUCCGGAACCAGACUAUCGAGGACCCUGUCGUCAUCGUCGGUCUUGCUACGGUCGUUAGUGCAUUGGGUGGAUCAGUUUACAUGGUACCACGGGCAGCCUGA